UGCUAGUAUAUAAAUCAUGAUAUUGAUGUAGUAUAAAGAAAACCUAAUUCUUCUAAUUCAUUAUGAGGUUGAUGUAUAUGCGACUUCUUACUUGGCAAUACAUAUUCUCUUGAAAUGGACAGAUGAACAGCAUUCUGAUUUUGCGGGCUUCCUCUUUGUUUUGUUUUAUUCUUCUUCUCAAUUGAAUUGCGUAGCAACAAAGGUUUCUCAGACCGCUAUUCAGAUCCACGAUACAUGUUUUUGUUCUUUUAAUGUUGAUGGGCUGUUUUAUAACCGUGCAAUAAAUGGACUGUGGGCUUUUCCCCCUGAAAAUUUCUAGUAAUGGAAAGCCCAUAGUUCCGAUUAGGCGGGAUCCCUCUUUCUUUCUUUCUUUCUCUCAGGCUGUCUUCUUCGACUUUCAGCCGCCGUCGACCUGAAAAACGCUAUCGUCGCCGCCGACUAGCCGUCUUGUAUUACUGAAUUAGCUUAAGAAGACGACAAACCCUUCUUCUGCAGAUUUAAUUUCUUACUAGUACUUCACCUCUGCUACUGCCUUGAGUCUUUUCCGCCGCCAUUAAACUCUCCCUUUGUUGGCUAAUAAUAUUACUGAAAUCAAACCCUCCACCACCUCCGUUGUUGAUCAUCUGGCACUGCAAUCAAUAUGAGAUUCAAGAAGCAGAAACGCCAUCGAAAGACCGUGAGAUUUUUCACUGCUUGCUUCGGUUUUCGUGAGCCAUUCAAAGUUCUGUGUGACGGAACUUUUGUUCACCACCUUAUUACGAAUCGCAUUACUCCUGCUGAUACUGCAUUGGCUAAUGUUUUAGGUGCCCCAGUGAAAUUGUUUACUACCAGAUGUAUUCUUGCUGAGUUGAAAAGCCUCGGUGACUCCUACAAUGAAUCCUUAAAUGCUGCUCAAACUCUUGCAACUGCAAGAUGCGACCAUGAGAAGCGGAAGAGUGCUGUCAAUUGUGUAGCUGAUGUUAUUGGUGAAAAUAAUUCUGAGCAUUUUUUCGUGGCUACUCAAGAUGCUGAAUUAAGGAAGAACCUUCAAGAGGUGCCUGGUGUACCUCUUGUAUUUGGUCUUCGAAAUGCCUUACUUCUUGAACAGCCAUCAGCUUUCCAACGCCAAUUUCUCAAAUCUUCUGAAGAAGCCCGUUCCCGUAUGACCGACCGGGAGUACAAGUUACUAAACAUGACGAGGAAAAAUGUUGCUUCCGAGGAAUUAAAUAAUUCUUCAGAUGUACCUGAUGUCAAUGGAAAUCAUGCGUUUGCGGGCAAGUUGAUCCAGACAAGUACUAGAAAAAAUAUAGAAGAUGUGAAAGAUAAAGUUCAGUUUAAGAGAAAGAGGGCUAAGGGCCCAAAUCCACUAUCAUGUAAGAAGAAAAAGCCACGCCCAAGUACAAAUACUGCUGCUACCGGAAAGGUUGGUUUUAAGUCUGAAUUGUUUGACUGUUUUCUUUCUUCAUCCUUGUCCACAACUUGUUAAAGCUCCGAAAAGGUUUUCAUGUUAGCAUCACCUCAAUGAAAAUGCAUCUAUUGGCUGUCACUGCAAUAUGUUCUAUCUGGCAUUGUGGUUAUGGUCAAGCAUAGUGAGGGGCUUCCUUUUGAAUGAUUCAGAUGUGAGUCAUUUCCAUUAAAAAAAAUCGGUAUUGGGCCUUGUAGAGCUAUAUAGCACUUUUCUUGUAUUUGUUAAAAAGAGAUCUCGAAGGACCACUAACUUGAAAUAGGCGUGCUUUACUAGAGCUUUUAAUCAGUUUAAGUUCUAGGAAUAACUGGGAUAGUCCAUUGUAGUCCAUGGUAAACACUUGUUGGAAUUGAUCUUCGUAAUUUUGUCUCUCCCUCUUUUUUAUCAAGAAGUUUAUCUCUGCUGUUGGUUCUGUUGUUUGAACAUAUUGGAUUUCGGAUGCAGGAUAACAGUAAGAUUAAUACAACCGAUUCUGAUACUACAAAGAGAAGCAGGAGUAGGAAAAGGAAGAGGUCCGGGAAGAGUAACAAAGUAGAAGAAACGGCUUGAGGAAUCCAGUGUUAGUACUUAGUAGUGCUUGGAAAUGAAUGCUUUUCUUUGUGCUUUGAGCUCAAAUUUUCUUCCGAUGGGGAGAUAUAUAGUUAAAAUAUAAGGAGAUCACGGUUAAUAUCUUCACAACAACUAUAUGUAGAGAACAUGCAACAAUUUCAUUGUUCAUGCUUUUUAUUCUGCUGGAAAGAGCCUUAUUCUUUAGGGUACAAGAUCUGAUUGUUUGCGAAAUUCUUUUCCAUUUUUCAUCUUGGAUGUUAAAUUAAGGUUUGAAUGGAUAAGUAGUUGUUCAUUAUAAAGCAUGCUAUUUCGGGAGACGCUCUGGAAAAAACAUAUUGGAAAAAAAAUAAUCCAUUCAAACCUCACUGUAUAAGGCAUAAUUAGAAUAAGAAUUUAUACUAAUAUACUAAGAGAAAAAUCAGAGAAAGGAAAAAAAAA